UUUGUAAGGACAUAGAUCACUCAAGCACUACCAGCAAAAACAUUCUUUCUGUAGUCACAUAUAAUUGAAGCUUUAGUAAUUUGAUCGUGUACGUUGUCCAUGGCGAUCAUCAGGUCUUGGCAGCUCCCUCUGGCCCUCCUGGUCAUCCUCGCAGCUAGCUCGGCCGCAGCGGCUCAGCUGGAGAUCGGCUUCUACAGCAAGACGUGCCCUGACGCCGAGAAGAUCGUCCAAGAGGAGAUGACCAAGAUCAUCGCCGCCGCGCCCAGCCUCGCCGGCCCUCUCCUCCGCCUCCAUUUCCACGACUGCUUCGUCCGGGGAUGUGAUGCGUCGGUGCUGCUGGAGUCCACGGCGGGGAACACGGCAGAGAAGGACGCGAAGCCGAACAGGAGCCUACGCGGGUUUGGGUCGGUGGACCGGGUGAAAGCCAAACUAGAAGCCGCGUGCCCAGGCACUGUCUCCUGCGCCGACGUGCUCACGCUCAUGUCCCGCGACGCCGUGGUCCUGUCCAACGGGCCCCACUGGCCAGUAGCGCUAGGCCGGAGGGACGGCAGGGCGUCGAGUGCCGCCGAGGCCAGCAAAGAGCUUCCCCCGGCGUCCGGCGACGUGCCGCUCCUUGCCAAGAUCUUUGCUUCCAAGGGGCUCAACCUCAAGGACCUCGCCGUGCUCUCCGGCGGCCACACCCUCGGCACGGCGCACUGCGCGUCGUUUGACGACAGGCUCGCCAACGCCACUGUUGAUCCGUCACUGGACAGCGAGUACGCCGACAGGCUGAGGCUCAAGUGCGGGAGCGGCAGCGUGCUGGCGGAGAUGGACCCCGGGAGCUACAAGACCUUUGAUGGAAGCUACUACCGCCACGUGGUGAAGCGGAGGGGGCUCUUUCGAUCCGACGCAGCGCUCCUCGACGACGCUACCACCGGGGACUACGUCCGGAGAGUUGCCUCGGGGAAGUUUGAUGCCGAGUUCUUCACGGAUUUCAGCGAGUCCAUGAUCAAGAUGGGCAACGUCGGCGUGCUCACCGGAAACCAGGGGGAGAUCAGAAAGAAGUGCUACGUCCUCAACUAGGCUGUGUGGAGCAGCGAUUCGUACGUAAGUCCUCGUGUUGUUAAGCGGAGUAGCGGACUAAGGUGGGGUACGUUAAUUUUAGUUGUGUGUCUGAUGGUAUUCAUUGUAGUGUGAGAAAUUAUUGUCAUCACCAAAUAUUCAGUAAAUUAUUUCUUUACCAAGUUAGUAUGCAUGUAUGUAACGCAGUACUUUGAUAAAUAGACAUGUGUCACACAUUGUGUGAUAUGCUCUGUUCCAAAAUA